CUGGCUCUCCCGGCUCCCCACCCCUCACCCUCACUUUGCGGCGUAGCAGUUUGGGAUGGGAAAGGAGACGUUUAUGAAAGAGAGUCUGACUGACUGAACCACAACUACAAUUCCCAGAAUGCACGGGAAAAGCAGUUAGGGGUGUCCCGUUAACGCCCCUCUUUCCCAAACUCUACGGAGACCCGCGGCUUCUGAGCGGAAGUAUUCCUCUGGGGCUCGGAGGUUUAGGGUUUUUUUUUCCUACUUCGGUGGAACUGCCUGUGGGAUGUCGAUGCAGUAAGAGGUUGCAUAGGCUCAGAAAACUAUGAACUCUUCAGAGAGCUGGGUCCUUAGUGGUUCCUCAUUAGCAUCCCAAGUUCACGCUGCUGCUGUUAAUGGAGAUAAGAGUGCUCUCCAAAAGCUGAUAGCAGGAAACCGUGAUCUCAAAGACAAAGAAGAUCAGUUUGGGAGAACCCCUCUCAUGUACUGUGUGUUGGCUGACCGUGUUGAUUGUGCAGAUGCCCUCCUAAAAGCAGGAGCAGAUGUUAAUAAAGCUGAUCACAGUCAAAGAACAGCACUCCACCUUGCAGCACAAAAGGGAAAUUAUCGUUUCAUGAAACUCUUACUCACUCGUCGAGCAAACUGGAUGCAAAAGGACUUAGAAGAAAUGACUCCACUGCAUUUGACAACCCGUCAUAAAAGUCCUAAAUGUUUGGCUCUUUUGUUAAAAUUUAUGGCACCAGGAGAAGUAGAUACACAGGACAAAAAUAAGCAAACUGCUCUGCAUUGGAGUGCCUAUUACAACAACCCAGAGCAUGUGAAACUUCUAAUAAAACAUGAUUCUAAUAUUGGAAUCCCUGAUAUUGAAGGAAAGAUCCCACUUCAUUGGGCAGCUAACCACAAAGAGCCUAGUGCUGUCCAUACUGUCAGAUGUAUCCUGGAUGCUGCUCCAACUGAAUCUUUACUGAACUGGCAGGAUUAUGAAGGACGAACACCUCUUCAUUUUGCAGUAGCUGAUGGCAAUGUGACGGUGGUCGACGUCUUGACCUCCUAUGAAAGCUGCAAUAUCACAUCUUAUGAUAACUUAUUUCGGACACCACUUCACUGGGCGGCCUUACUUGGUCAUGCACAAAUUGUCCAUCUUCUUCUGGAAAGAAACAAGUUGGGAACCAUUCCAUCUGAUAGCCAAGGAGCAACACCACUCCAUUAUGCAUCUCAGAGUAAUUUUGCAGAGACAGUGGAAGUAUUUUUGAAACAUCCUUCUGUGAAGGAUGAUUCAGACCUCGAGGGAAGAACAUCCUUUAUGUGGGCAGCAGGAAAAGGCAGUGAUGAUGUCCUUCGAACAAUGCUAAGUUUAAAAUUGGACAUCGAUAUUAACAUGACAGACAAAUAUGGCGGUACAGCUUUACAUGCAGCUGCCCUUUCUGGCCAUGUCAGCACUGUGAAGUUAUUAUUGGACCAUCAUGCUCAGGUGGAUGCUACAGACGUCAUGAAGCACACUCCACUCUUCCGAGCCUGUGAAAUGGGGCACAAGGAAGUGAUUCAGACACUUAUAAAAGGAGGAGCAAGAGUGGAUCUAGUAGACCAAGAUGGCCAUUCUCUUCUUCAUUGGGCAGCCCUGGGAGGAAAUGCUGAUGUUUGUCAAAUAUUGAUUGAAAAUAAAAUCAAUCCAAAUGUGCAAGACUAUGCAGGAAGGACCCCCUUGCAGUGUGCUGCAUAUGGAGGUUAUAUUAACUGCAUGGCCUUACUCAUGGAAAAUAAUGCAGACCCUAACAUACAAGACAAAGAGGGCAGAACAGCACUGCAUUGGUCCUGUAACAAUGGCUACCUUGAUGCUAUAAAACUGCUACUCAGUUUUGCAGCUUUUCCCAAUCAGAUGGAAAACAAUGAAGAAAGGUACACACCUCUUGAUUAUGCUUUGCUUGGGGAACACCAUGAAGUAAUUCAAUUCAUGUUGGAACACGGAGCUCUGUCAAUAGCAGCUAUUCAAGACAUUGCUGCUUUCAAAAUCCAGGCUGUCUACAAAGGGUACAAGGUCAGGAAGGCAUUUCAGGACCGAAAAAAUCUCCUAAUGAAGCAUGAACAGCUGAGAAAAGAUGCUGCAGCCAAAAAACGUGAAGAAGAAAGUAAGAAGAAAGAAGGAAAACACCCAAGGGGAACCCUGAGCCCAGUGAAAUGCCGAGGACCAGCACAGCAGCUUCCAGAGAAGCGAAAUCCAGCCAUCAGGCCUCCACCGUUGCCCAGCAAACCCACAAAUAUAACUGGCAAACAAUCACUCUCCAGCAACGCCUCUCCAAGCCAAAUAGGAAAAAACCACAAAGGAUCCCCAGGAGUGUCCCCAGAUAUAGCACACAGAAAAGAGCAAUUUCUUUCUACAGAAAGGCAAGGAGAAAAUCACCGAAGACAAAAAGAACCAACCAGAGAGCAUUUCAAAGGCAAAGUUCCUUCUGUCCAUUUUGGCCCCAAUGAAAGGGAUAAUGAAUGCAAACCUCAGGUGAACAUUUCUAAGUCAGAAGGUGAAAAAGGCCUAGAACCGCCAUCUCUCAGAGGAAAGAGUGUCUCAAAACAUCCUUCUCAUGGUAAGGCAAGUGGGUCUGGAGAUAAGUUAGAUCAGAGGCGAAUGGUGGCUUGCAGUAGGGAGCCCUUGGACAGAAGAGAAGAAAUAUGCUUGUCAAAUUCUAAUUGCCCAGUUGGAAACAUAAAGCACCCAAAGGACCAUGAAACGGUAUCAAGGACCAGAAUGCACUCCAUAAGAAGACGAAGUAAAGAACUAAAGGGAGAGCGGUGCUCUCCAGCUGGUUCUAGCAGACCAGGAAGUGCCAAAGUAGAACCCACCCAUCCAGGGAGUGAGCCUUCAUGUAAUCGGACACAAAGAAGCAAAGGGGCAGAAAAUGAAGUCAUAAGAAGAGUUUGCUCUGGGCUUCCAUGUAAAACAGGAUUGGCAAAACCUGGGCUCAGUAAUCUAGGGGUGCACCCCACCCCUGGUGACAGGCCAAAUUUGGUGAAGGCAAAAACAGCAUCUGCAAAUGCGAGUGAUCAAUUGUCCUUCUCUCCAACGGGGCAGAAUCUGAAUAUUGAACUUCUCCCAUUAGAGAAACGGCUGAUGAUCAUUGAAAAAGAAAGAACAAGGAAAGAGUUGUUCCGGAAAAAAAACCAUGCUGCCGCUGUGAUUCAGAGGGCAUGGAGAAGUUAUCAGCUACGAAAGAAACUGUCCAAACUUUGCAGUGCUCAGCAUCAAGGUGAGGAAGAUGAGGAUGCGUGUAGAGAAGAGAAAACAGCCUUUCUCUUCCAAGUUGCUAAGAAGAAACAGCUGAACCCUAAGGCCUCGAAACCAGCCUCAUCCUGUAAGACCCCCAAAUCUAGCAACAAGAGCAGCUCCCUCAUCAGGCAAAACAAGCAAGCUGUCCUCAAACAAAUCUAUGGAUGCUCUCAGGAAGGGAAAGUACAUCACUCUGUCAGACCUUCAUCCAAGCCUCCUUUCUCUGCCAUGCACCUAAACUCAGUAAGCAACCUGCAGUAUGUAAACUUGCUUGAAAAUAACGGAAAAUCAAGGAACUUUUCCUACAACAUGAGACCAGCUACUGAGGUGAAAACAAGAAACCAAAAAUUCAGUCACUAAAUAAUCGUCUUCAUGAGAUGGGACAUUAAAGUUGAUUCUGUUAACAAAGUCAUCACAUUUUCACAUUUCAGUCAUUUAAAAAAAAAUCUAGCCAUGAAAUGGUGCAAUAUUUACACAAGUUCAAAAACGA